CUGAGAACAAAAAUAGAGAUGAAAUUUCCAAUAGAAAACCCAGGGAAACAAGUUAACUGGGACCCUGAACAAGUGGCGGUCCAGACCAACUUGGUCCCUCCCAAAAAGGUCCAGCCUGGCAUGGUGAAGUCCAGUCUAGUCCAGGCCAGUGUGGCCACCAUGCAGAACCCCAUGAGCUGUGACCCUAAGGCCAGUGGUCACAGUCCGCUGCCACGCCUGUCCAUCUCCUCCCGCUCAGCCAGCGUAGUGGCCAGCAUGGAUGCCAGCUGUGACGGCAUGGCUGCCGCACUCCACUCAGUGAUGAAGUGGAAGACGGUGCUGGCAGUGUUCAUCGUGGUCGUUCUCUACCUGGUUUGUGGAGGCCUGGCAUUCAAUGCACUGGAGCAGCCGUUUGAGAGCAACCAGAAGACCAGUAUCACUCUGGAGAAGGCUUCAUUCCUGGCGAGACACCCCUGUGUUACUCCUGAUGAGCUGGAGGCACUCAUCAAGCAUGCCAUAGAUGCUGUGAGUGCAGGAGUGAGUCCUAUUGGAGACACAUCCUACAAUUCCAGUUACUGGGACCUGGGCAGUGCUUUCUUCUUUGCUGGAACUGUCAUCACUACCAUAGGUUAUGGAAACAUAGCUCCAAGCACAGAGGGCGGGAAAAUCUUUUGCAUCCUUUAUGCCAUAUUUGGCAUCCCUCUCUUUGGCUUCUUGUUGGCGGGGAUCGGGGACCAGCUGGGGACCAUCUUUGUGAAAAGCAUCUUGAGAGUUGAGAGGAUAUUCAGGCAAAAACACAAACAGAUCAGCCAGACUAAGAUCAGAGUGACGUCCACCAUCCUGUUCAUCCUGGCUGGCUGCAUUGUUUUUGUCACCAUCCCUGCUGUCAUCUUUAAACACAUCGAGGGAUGGACUACACUGGAGGCCAUCUACUUUGUUGUGAUCACUCUCACCACAGUGGGGAUAGGAGACUAUGUGGCAGGUGGAAACCGUAGGAUCGACUAUAUGAAGUGGUACAAGCCUCUGGUGUGGUUCUGGAUCUUGGUGGGUUUGGCAUACUUUGCGGCCGUCCUCAGCAUGAUUGGAGACUGGCUCCGAGUUCUGUCUAAAAAGACCAAAGAAGAGGUUGGGGAGUUUAAAGCUCAUGCAGCUGAAUGGAAGGCAAAUGUACGAGCAGAGUUCCGUGAAACACGCCGGCGCCUGAGCGUCGAGAUCCAUGAUAAGCUCCAGCGGGCUGCCACCAUCCGCAGCAUGGAGCGCCGUCAGCUUGGCCUCGAGCAGCGGGCUCACUCCCUGGACAUGUUGUCUCCAGAGAAGCGAGCCUUGUUCACCAGCCUGGAUGCUGGCCGUUUCAAGACUUCCUCGCAGGAGAGCAUCGACACCAAGCUCAACAACCUGAGGCUGAAGGGGGCCUGUGAGCCGUACGAUCAUCAGGGGAGUGAGCAAACGCCGCAAACAGCGUCUUCCUCAGAGGAGAAUCUCUUCAACCUGCGCUUUGGAUCCCUCACCAAGCUGGCCAGACGCAACAAGAACCGCGAGCUGCGGAGGAACAUUACUGAAGAUGUGCGACGGUCAAGUGUAGGCAUAAACAAUGGCAGUGCCAUGCUGGGUGAGGAGAGGACGGAAGAAGAAGGCGAUGGAGAGCCAGAUGACGAGAUCGGAGAAAGAAAAGAGGGAAACACUAGUCUGACAAACCUGUCACAGUACGCAAAGGAGCGCACUAAGUUGAAUGGGUUCACACCAGUACAGGCCAAAGAUAGAGAGAGCGACUAGGUAUAGAAUGGAAGAGCACUACAAAGACAGAGAGCGAAACAGAGUGAAAGAUACAGAGACAGAGACACCGAAAAACAGUGCAUGGUCCUUUGAGAUGUCAAGAAAUGUGCCUUUCUGUUUCCUAUGCUUAGAUUGGAACCGCUCCCAGGAAAUUCAGUCAUUGUGCCAUUGCCAUUGGAAGAAAAUGUGUUGCCAAAAAUGAAUGAAUUGAAGUGACAGAAGAGGCUGUAGUUAAAAUACCUCAUAUCUGAUGUUGCUGUAGAGUGGGCUACUUAAGAACUUUCAUUUCUACAGAAUCUGUCAUUCCAGCCUCAUUGUCUUUCAGCCCUGACAAUGCGUACCAGACACUUGGGCAAUGGCUGUGUGUUAAUGCUGAAUCUUAUUUUUUAAUAAUGUCAGGACAUCCCAAGAGCUAGCUUCAUGUCAUCCAUCUUCAGAAACAUUAUUGAUCUCCACUUUGUCAUCUCAUACUGUGGUGGCUAUGUUUAGCUCAGCCAGGCUGCUACAAAAGGACUACUACGUUCAAUGAAUGGGCGGGAAGUUGUGUUUCUGCUGGAUCAAUAGACAAUACGAGCAUUUACCUAGCUGACAAUUAUUCCUACAAGGUAUGUGGCUUGGAAGAUGUAGCCCUAGGGCAUAAGCAACAACAUGCUAAAAGCUCAUAAAAACAAACUACUCACAUUGAUUGUGCAUGGUUAUUAAAACACAACCACAGCAGUUAACUGAUAUAAACUAACUUGAAAGCUUGAAAUUACAACUGUAAUAAUGUAUCUUUUUGUUUAAAUAAAAUGAAAUGUGUCUUUCA